UGUUGUUUAUUUGUACUGUCAAAAAUAGAAAAAACUGUUAGGUUAUAUUUUGUAGAAAAAAUUGUUGUCACAUUAGAAUAAAAUGUUUUAUUAAACUAAUUUUUCUGGUUGCAUAAUCGAAAAACCUCUCCAAAAUGGCACAUAAUUUCAAAAACCACCUUUUUGAAGACUUGCCAGUGUUAAAACCUGUUCAUGUACCCAAUAACACUGUUAAUGUCCCGGAAAGCCAGCCAAGUUGCUCUGCAAAACCGAUGCAUAUUCGCAGACUGGAAAAAGCUCUAGAUCUAGGCCCAUUUCUUAAUUCAUUUUUGAAAAGUAAGCCAGAGUCGAGUGACAGUGACAGUGAUAAUGAUGAUAUUAAUUACACAGAGGCAAUGGAAAAUCUUUUCAAAGAAGAGCAACACUCUGCUAGAGAUUAUUAUAAUUUUUCAAAUGUUACUUCUAGUCGCAGGUGGCUGGCAAAUGUUCUCUCAGAAAAUAUUGAUGCUGGGCCUGAAGAUGCACCUUAUAAAUGUUUAUUAAAGAUGCAUGCCUACCAGAAGAAGUUAAGAAAAAAGAAAAAUGUGAAUUUUGACCUUUCAAUGUAUUAUGGAGCAGGUCUUAUAAGUACAGUGGAUCUGUAUCCAGAAAUUGAAAAGUCCAUCCCAGCAACAGUUCGCCACAAAGACAAAUUAGACUGCUUGAAGCAUGAACUCAGAUCUCCCCUUUAUGAUCCUGAUAUUUUGGAUGAUAUAUCUAAUGAGCCUUGCUUGGACUUAAACUUGGAGAAUGGUCUCAAUGAAUUCCCCAAUCUAGAUAAUGACUUAGAAGAUACAAAUGGGAACACUGAUUUUGCCCAUUCGAAUCUUCCUUUAUUACCAUCGAUGCCUCUUCCACCCUUACCUACCACAAAUCAUGUAACCAACUCAAAAAGGAAAAAUAAGAAGUUUAAAGAUGAUGAGGCAAAGAAGAAGUGGGAAGAAAUUAUGGCCUUGAAAAGGAGGAAAUUGUUUACGAGUAUAGCUAAGAAGGAGAUUGGGAAGCAGCAUAGGGCGAAAAGUAACAAACACAAGGAGAUGCUUUUGCAGUGCAAGAGGGUAGCAGCGCAUUGUGUUAAAUAUGCCAGACAAAAAGCUCUGCAAUCAGCUAGAACAGUAAAAGAGCAACAAUGGAGAAUGAAGAGACUGGCAAGAGAAAAUAUAGCUUACUGGAAGAGAUCUAGACGUUUCGAUAGAGAAGUCAAGAAGAGAUUGGAAAAAGAAGCUGAAGAGCAGAGAAAAAUAGACCAUGAACUAGUAGAAGCAAAAAGACAACAACGAAAAUUGAAUUUCCUAAUUACCCAAACAGAGCUUUAUGCUCACUUCAUGUCAAAGAAGUUAGGUUCAGCUUCAACUGAAGAGCAACUAAGAAUCUUAAGCCAAUUAGAUGAAGAGAAAACAGCUCUGGCUGGUGAUGACUAUGACUCGGAAAUAAUGAAAGAAAAAGCCAAAAGAAAUGCCCAAGAGGCGUUUCAAAGUGAAAAAGCUAGAACAAAGAAUUUCGAUCAGCAAGCAAACUCUUGUCUCACAGAAGUUAGUGAUAUUUUGGAUGGUGAACAACCACAACCCCAGAUAUUUACUGGAAAACUGAAGGGGUAUCAGCUGAAGGGAAUGAAUUGGCUUGCGAAUUUAUAUUCGCAAGGCAUUAGCGGGAUUCUUGCUGACGAGAUGGGGUUGGGUAAAACUGUACAAAGUAUUGCGUUUUUGUGUCAUAUUGCUGAAAAAUAUUCUGUUUGGGGUCCGUUUCUAAUAAUAUCGCCAGCUUCAACUUUACAUAAUUGGCAACAAGAGAUAGCGAAAUUCGUCCCGAAUUUCAAGGUGGUGCCGUACUGGGGAAACCCCAAUGAAAGGAAAAUUCUUCGACAGUUUUGGGAUCAGAAAGAUAUUUAUACCAAAGAUGCAAGUUUUCAUAUUGUGAUUACUUCAUAUCAGAUUGUCAUAACAGAUAUAAAAUACUUCAAUCGCAUUAAGUGGCAAUACAUGAUUCUGGAUGAGGCUCAAGCAAUUAAAAGCACCAGCUCAAUGAGAUGGAAAACAUUGCUGGGGUUUAGUUGCAGGAACAGACUCCUACUCAGUGGAACUCCUAUACAAAACAGUAUGGCAGAACUAUGGGCCUUAUUACAUUUUAUUAUGCCGACACUGUUUGAUUCUCACGACGAGUUUAACGAGUGGUUUUCUAAGGAUAUUGAAAGCCAUGCCGAGAAUAAGACUGGAAUUGAUGAAAAGCAUCUCUCAAGACUGCAUAUGAUCCUCAAGCCGUUCAUGCUAAGAAGAAUUAAAAAAGAUGUAGAAAACGAGCUUUCAGAUAAAAUUGAAAUAAUGGUGUAUUGUCCCUUGACUACAAGGCAAAACUUACUGUAUUUGGCCCUCAAGCAGAAAAUUAAGAUUGAGGAUUUGCUUCAUUAUUCCGUUGGAGGAGGAGAUACGCACAAUGUAGAUAAAAAUUUCACGUCGAACUUGAUGAAUUUGGUUAUGCAGUUUAGAAAGGUCUGUAAUCAUCCUGAAUUGUUUGAAAGAAGAGAUGCGAAAUCGCCUAUCAGAGUCCAACCAAUAGUGUGCAACAUACCAUUUCUGGUUUACGAUACAAACAUUAGGCAACAAAUUUUCCUAAAACUAAACAAAAUGCUCCUGUUUACUCCCGAAUAUAUUUCACAGGCUCAGUACUUGCAGCUGUCCUUAUUUAGCUUUAUGCUACUGCUUGGCAUCUCUACAAAAGAAAUUUUUGACAUUUUAUUAGGCGAUAUUGUGGCAAGGUGGAAGAGCUACUUUGACUUUGAAAGAAGCGAAAACCAAAGAUAUUUAAGAAAAAUAUGGGAUCCACAGUACCACAGCAAACCCACUUUGGCAUUCAAGCAAGAGUUCAGGCUAAGCGACUCAGCAAUAUCAAACAGUAGCUCCUUAACAGAUCUCAUGUUUGGAAGGAACGUAAAGGGCGGAAGGAUGGUCUAUACCCAUCAAGAUCACAUCUACCAUUCUAUGCCGGAGACUGUUGAACAUAGAAAUAUACGGUUUAAAAAGAAGAAAAUCCCUGAAGAUGAAAAUGUGGAUGUGGAAGGGGAUGCUGUACCGUUUCCAGUGCACACCAUUGAGUUUCCACAUAAGAACAGACCUUCUGUAGUAUUACCUUGCGAAAAGACUGAAAUUCCUUUUCACUUGUUUUGUGCAAUGCCUAAGGUAUCUGCUCCCACUAUAAACCUUUACUGCUACUCAAGAAAGGCAGCUUGGGAUUUACAAAGGCAUAUCGACGAUUACAGCUUUAAUUCCCUUAAUUACCACUGGUCUCAGGCAACUGGCCAUAAAUACCCUGUGUUACCUUGUGAAACAUUGUAUCCACAACAAAGGGAUUGCGUGGAAAUUAUUAGGCCAAAGCAAGGGUGGUCAAACAUCGCCAUACCAGACAAGGAAAGUUUAGUGACCGAUUCUGGAAAAUUGUUUGUCCUGGAUGGCCUGUUGAGGAAGUUAAAAGAGGAGGGGCAUCGGGUGCUUAUUUAUUCUCAGAUGACUAAGAUGAUUGAUUUACUAGAAGAAUAUAUGUGGCACAGACAUCACAAAUACAUGAGACUUGACGGCUCAUCAAAAAUCUCUGAGAGGAGGGAUAUGGUCGCUGAUUUUCAGGCCAGGGCGGACAUUUUUGUGUUCUUGCUUUCUACUAGAGCUGGCGGUUUGGGUAUUAAUUUGACCGCAGCAGAUACGGUAAUUUUCUACGACAGUGAUUGGAAUCCCACAGUAGACCAACAGGCCAUGGACAGGGCUCAUAGACUGGGUCAAACGAAACAGGUCACAGUUUAUAGGUUAAUAUGCAAAGGAUCAAUAGAGGAACGAAUACUGCAAAGGGCAAGAGAAAAAAGCGAGAUACAAAAACUGGUAAUAAGCGGAGGAAAUUUCAAGCCCGAUACACUGAAGCCGAAAGAAGUGGUUUCUCUUCUCCUCGACGACGACGAAUUAGUUCAAAAAUAUCACCUGAAAGUCGAGAACAAGUCCGCGCCGGAGGAAACGAGAGAUGAUAAAAAGCGAAAAUUGGCUUUUAAGACCAUUCCGGCGGCGGAAGCAAAGAGGGCAAAAAUGGAACCUCCUAGUUUGGUCACGGAGAUUAGUGAGGAGCCACCUCAUAGUCCUUCUAGUGAGAUCGAUCCUGACGGACCUAUCGAUGAACCUGACAUUCUUAACGAUGACGACUCUCCUAUUACCAACAAAUACACUGUGUAUAAUGUAUAUGGAUCAGCAGUUAGGCCUAGAGCUGCAGCAAGAGGUCACACUAAAAGGGGGAGGCCUAGAGGGUCACGUGCUAGAAUCGGCACUGGCAUUGGAAGAAAUAAUGCGGUCGGCAAUGGACCUAUUCUUCCAGGGUUGAGCAAUGCCCAAUUAAACUCCUUCGGCGAACCGAGCACCUCAACCUCAACCCACGAUUCCGCCUCGUCAGUAAGCUCGACCCAAUCCUCACCCCGAGGUGCUGGGGUCGAGAUGAUGCUGCCAAGUCCCUCAGACUUGACAGGCAUCUCUUUCUCCCCAUGCGCGAGACGAGGACCAGGUAGACCGAGGUUGAAACCGAACGGUCCCGCGCAUGCGGGCUCGCGUAACCCGCGACCGCGCAAGCCCGCGCGACCACUUCCGGUACCUUUGCCCACCGAUCCUGCGAUCGCGCAGGCGUCGACUUAUUCGUUUUAUGAAUUUCCUGAUGAUUAGCAACUAGGGUUAGCAACGUAGGGUUUAAAGAGAAUGUAUAGGUUACCAAACUGAACUAAUUUUUAUUUUUAUGUACUGGAGGACUUACUAUUUCUUAAAAACUGUCUUGGAAUUGGAUGGUUUUUGUGAUAGUGAGGCACUUGGUAUGUAAGCGAGUGAUCAUGAUGUAAAACUUCGUUUUUUUUUUAGUUGCGAGGGAUGAGGUAUUUUCGUUUAAGAAAAUCUCAGACUGAUCAUUUUUUAACAAUUAUAUGAUAAGGUUUUUUUAUAUUUACGAUAGGGUGGUGUUAAAUUUCUUUGGGGUGUGAGUCUUUUGAGGUCAAUCGGGUCCCAAGAGCAUGUUUCUGGAAAACUGCUGUCCACUCCAAAGAAACACAGAAGAACAUCUUAUGAAAAUAGAAACAACAGCAAACGUUCCGUUAACAUUCGGUCCAGACCAAACUCAUUCUGUCAAUGUGCAAUUAGUGCAGGUGUGUUUUCAUUAUGUUUAUGAACAAUGUGAUUUGUGAAUGUUUUGGAACGUAGUCAUUUUUCAAAGCAUAUCUUACUUCAUCCAAGACAUUUUAUACUGGUAAAAUGAUAUAUAUCUGUUACAUGGAAAACGAUGUGCAGAAACAAGCUUGUAAAUAAUAUUUACAUUUGUAUAAGCUAUUCCUCGAGUACCAGAUCUUUGAUAUUAUGUGCUACAUUUCAUUUGUUCUACUAAGGUUUUCAUUUUUCUUUUAACUUCAUCUACAUUGACACAAUCGCUAAUCCUAUUAUACAUAUAUCUUAACCCACAAAUCCUGUUUUUGAUACUUUUUAUGUUAUUAGCAAAUUAAAUUAGCUGAUAUUUUCAAAUUGUGGGUACAAGCAACAACGUGUCCAAACCAUGAAAAAUACCAUUGAAAAAAAAACAAUUUUUACCAUAUUUCCUUUGAUCUUUGCCGCAACUUACCGGAACUUUUGUUGUUGCAACCCUAAACAAUGAGUAACUUUAAUAAACUUUAAGCAACAUUCUGAUGCAAGUUGCAGGAACAAGCAACAUAAAGAUAAUGUUCCUAUGUGUUACUAAUCGAGAGACUUGCUACCCAUAAAAGAAAUAUAUACUAAUUUGCAAUUAUUGUUGCACCUCUAAGUAAAAAUAAGCAAAAAAAAUCACCCUAUACCACUUCGGGUUUUUGAAGCUUUUUUUUAUUUUUAUUUAUUAAGUGUAUAUUUCGCGUACGGCUUCUAUCAACAAGCAAUUAUUCGCAAUAGAACGAUCAAAGUGUAAAAGAAGAGUAAUAUUUUUUAGUUUUAUAUUUUAUUGUACAUAAGUCAGCGGUUUUAACAAGUCUUAACUAUUUUGUAAUGUACAUAUUUGUUUGUAAAGGAUGAAACGUGAGAAAAUGGGAGCAUAACUAAAAAUAACUGGCAAAAGGUGGUGGAUGCCGAAACCCACCAGCCGAUUUAAGGUCAAGAAAUCCAAUUCGGUCAAUAAUUUACAGCUGCCCCAGGUGGUUGAUUUUAAGUAUCGAUUUCAUAUUGGGUUUUUAUUAACAUUUUAUUUAUGUACUGGCACGUAUCGGUUGACUUUGACGAUUUGUCUCACAGGUUCAAACACACAUGUGGAUCUAUGAAAAACCACAAAAGGCUGGUACUUUUUGACACCUUACCUCAAAAUAGUGCGUUUUUCUAAAAAUGUCCCUUCAAUUCAAAAUAAGAAGAUUUAUUGAUUAUUGUCAUCGGAUUUGUCUUAUGUUAAUAUGGGUUAAAUAGACUGGGCCAAAAAAAUCGACUAUUUUUUUUCUAAAUAUCUUAAAGGUUUGAACCCUUAAUAUUAAUAUUAAGAGGUCUAUCAUCUCAAAUUUCGAUUUUUUUUGUGCUUUAAUUUUUGCGUCAAAGCUGCCAAACUAUCGAAGUAAAAAAAAUUAUAUGCACAUAUAUUUAUAGGAAAUUAAAUUUCUUACAAAAAACCUUUCUUUGAAAAAUUUCGCCAGACAAGCCGUUUCCUAAUAAUCAAGCUUUAAACAUUGAUAUAUUUUUUAUACAUACUUUUUUUUUUAAUUUGGAAUUUUAUAAAUCAUUGAAAAUAAUUUUUAAAUUGUUUUUUUAAAUUACUUGAAACUGUCUUUCCUCCUGGAGAUGGUUUCCAAAAACCUGGAUGGAAAUGCUUUAGAGGCACGGAUUUUCAUGAUUUUCUUAAUGGAAACUGAAAAACAUUCCAAAGAGUCUUUUAAAACAAAAAUCAAGCCGAUCUGAGCACUAGAAGUGGAGUUAUGACCCAAGUUACUUAAAGCUGUCUUUCUCUUUGAAUAUGGUUUCCAAAAACUUGGAUAAAAGUGCUUCUGAUGCAUGGAUUUUCAUAAUUUCUUCAAUGGAAGCUGAAAAACAUUCCAAAGAGACUUUUAAAACAAAAAUGAACCCGAUCUGAGCACUUGAAGUGGAGUUAUGACCAAGUUACUUGAAGCUGUCUUUUCUCUUGAACAUGAUUUCCAAAAACUUACACAAAAAUGGUUCUGUUACAUGGAUUUUCAUGAUUUUUUCAAUGUAAGCUAAAAAACAUUCCAAAGAAUCCUUUAAAACAAAAAUCAACCUGAUCUGAGCACUAGAAGUGGAGUUAUGACCCAAGUUACUUAAAACUGUCUUUCCUCUUGAACAUGAUUUCCAAAAAAUUAGAUCAAAGUGCUUUCGACGUAUAGAUUUUCAUGAUUUCGUCAAUAAAUUCAGAGAAUCUUUUCAAAUAAAAAUCAACCCAAUCUAAGUACUAAAAAUCAAGUUACGAACCCAAGAUAUCUCAGACUAUCUUUCCUCUUGGACAUGAUUUCCAAAAACUUAGAUAAACAUGCAAUAAGAUAAAAGUGGAUACACCACUACCUAUCACUACACUAUACUACGGUGUAGCACAUUGGAUGCUUAAUAAAUAUUUUUGCUGCUAUACUCAAUUACUUAAUUUUUCAAUUGUUGAUUUUUAUGCAAAUCAACUGCAGAUUUUCUUCCAGGAUUUUGGAGUAACUUCUUGCGUUAUUCCAGGCAUUUGAAAUGCAGCAAAAUUUUUCGAGGAUUUUGAUCUGUCUUUCAGGGAUUGGAGAAUAUAUAUACAUUUUCAAGGUCUUUGGAGACAUUUUUCAUUUAACUAACCCAAGAUAUUUACUUGCCAAGAAGAAACCAAUUAUUUUGUUCCUUACAGGGACUCCUGGAACAAGAAUUCCCAUAUCUUGACUUGGAGUGAACGGAUUUUAGUAAUUUUUUCAAAAAGAACUAAAAGAAUCUUCAGACUAGUCCAUAAAUCAAUAAUUUUUAAAUUUGGACUACCUGAGCCAAGAUAUUUACUUGCCAAUAAGAGACAAAUUAUUUUGCUUCUUACAGGCACUCCUAGAAUAAGAUUUCCUUUAUCUUGACUUUUUGUAAAUGAAUAAGAGACCUUUGAGUAUUAAAUUUCCUUUAAAAAUCUACAUAGCUCUUUUCUAUAUAUUUGUUUGUUCGUUAGUUACAAAAUUCCGAAAUAGACAAGGUAAAUCAGUGUUUGAAGCUUGUUUGGCGAAAAUUUUCAAAGAAAGGUUUUUUAUAAGUAAUUUAAUUUCCUAUAAAUAUAUGUGCAUAUUAUUUUUUGUACCUUGAUUAAUUUUUUGGGCCCAGUCUAGUGUCAAAUAUCAUAGUUUUUUGUAAAAAAGUUGUAAGGGCUUAAAACUGGUUUACACCCGGUAUAUGUUGAUUUUCAUUUGAUAUACGGGGUGUUAUCAAUUAAUAGACAAUCCCGUUAAAACCCAAGUUUCGAUAUUUGCCACUACUAUACAUACAUACUUUUGCAAUCCUAGCUGAUACUUGGGGUGCUUUUCAAUGAAAAUUCACCGACAAUCAAUUUUUUACUUUCAUACUUUUUUUUGAUUGACUUCAAAACUCAUUAUCAACUAUUUUCCUAGUUUUGUCCCUUAAAAAAACAAAAACAAAUUAAAAGCAUGGUACAAGAAAGAAGUGUUCCCAUUUGUCUUUUUAAUCAAAUGUGAUUUUUACGUCUUAUUAAUGUCUUUGUAAAAAAAAAAAUAAUAAUGAAACUUUAGGUUAGUUUCUUGUGUUUGUCAGAUAUCGUAUUUGAUAAUAUUCGUACCUGAGAACUGAUUCGUUGGAAUGCUUUAGUUUAGUUUUCUGUGUCAAUAGGUUUAAGUUUAAUUUCCCUCAGUCGUGGCUUAAGAGGUAUUUUUUUGUAUAUUAUCAGCGUUUUGUACCUCCAAGUUUGGACCAGUUGUAUUAAUCCUUUUUUUUAUUUAUUUAUUUUGUCAUUGAGGUUUUAUUUUAUUUCUUUUAUAACAUUGGUUAGUUGCUUUUCAACCCAUAUACAUUUUUUUUACAUAUUCCCGCCCAGUGCUAUACUAAUAACCUCAAUUAAAUAACGAAAUAUAUACAAUCAUUCUUUUUUGUAGAAUAUACAUAUUUGAAGAGGCAACAUUUUGUCU